AUCUCUAUCACACAAUAUUUAUGUUUCAAUAUUGUUAGAUACAGUUAGGAACUAGAGCGGAAUACCCGGAACCAGUUGAGCCUGUCCGUCAUUUUUGUUAGUUGUGUAAAUUUGUGCGCGUGGAAAAGAUGGAGAAUACGCUAUUUGAGAAUGUUAAGAAGCUCUACGACCACAAGCUUUACGAGUGCGUGAUUCCAGUGGCCAAAUUGCUGACUACGGCGCUGAAGAAUGAUCGCAAUGUUGCCACUUUGGAGAUGGAGUACCAGGUGCAGCUCUUCCUCAGCAAUUCGCAGUACAAGGAAGGCCAGCAUCGGGCGGCCUUGCGGCACUUUGAUGACAUGAUCCACCAGCGUCGGAUGAUGGCGCGCCACAAGAACGCCUGUUUGCUGGCCAUCGAAAGUGCCUAUCCGGAAUUCGCCGAAGUGGAGCUGCGGCGACGGGCCGCCGAGUGCUACCGCGAGAUCGGGAAUCCCGAAAUGGCCAUAUCCACGUUGCUCCAGGUGCCCGUGAAGUCGCGCACACCAAGGAUCAACCUGAUGCUGGCCAGGCUGCAACAUCACGGCCCCGGUCUUGGGUGCCCCAACAAGGCGGAGGCCAUGCACGCCUACAGGGAGGUCGUCCGCGAGUGCCCCAUGGCGCUCCAAGUGAUCCAGUCCCUCUUGGAGCUGAAAGUCGACGGCAACGAGGUCAACUCGCUGGUGAUGCACGCUGCCUCGGUGCCCGGAAACUUCGACUGGCUGAGCACGUGGAUCAAGGCGCUCGCCCAGAUGUUCGACUGCAAGCACUUGGAUGCGGCCGGCACCUUCCAGAAGCUGCAGGAUACCACCUCGCUGCGCGGCAACGAGCACCUGAUGACUGCGCUGGGCAAGUGUCUCUACUACCACGGCAACUACUUACAGGCGGAGCAGUUGUUCUCGGCGACGGUCAGUGCCAAUCCGGACAACGUGGAGCUGAUCGGACUGCUGGGCGUUGUCCGGGGGCAGGAGGGCCACGGUCUCAGCAGCCCGGACAUGGAUCGCCUGUACGCCCAGGUGACCCGCGAGCGGAGCUACUCACCUGACCACUGGUUCGCCCACGCCCAAUCCAUGUACGACUCGGGCAAGUUUGAGCGCGGCCUGAGUUUCGUGAAGCAAUGCCUGGAGGCGGACCCGCGCCACCAGGAGGCCCUAAUCCUGCGCGGCCGGCUGCUCAACUCGCUGGAGCUGCACAAGGAGGCGGCGGAGGCCUUUCGCAUGGCCCAAACUGUCGCAUCGUAUCGAUUCGAGGUCUACAGGGGUCUCUAUCACAGCUAUUUGGCCCAGAAGCGAUUCAAGGAGGCCCAUGCCAUGUGCAACUGGACACUCCGCAUGUUCCCGAACGCGCCCAGGAGUCUAACGAUGUUCGGUCGCACCCUCUUUGUCUCAGCAGAUCCGAUGGUUAAGAAGACUGCCCGCAAGUUUGCGGAAAAGUCCCUGAAGAUCGAUCCCAACUACACGCCGGCGGUGGCCUUAAUGGCCGACAUCUGCCAGUUUGAGGGCUCACCCAAGGUGUCCAUUAAGCUGCUGGAGGAUCACGUCUCCCUUUUCCCGCAGACGAAUCUGUUCACGGUUCUCGGGGAUAUGUUGCGCACGCAAAAGGAACCCAUCAGGGCCUUGGAGUAUUACUACAAGGCAUUGGGUAAGGAUCCCAAAUGCGAGCGAACUUUGCGAGGAAUAAGUCUAUUAAAGAGCUCCAACUCGCUUGUCAUUGAAUCGUGUGUCCUGGACGAAGGUGGGGUCACUAAGGUGAAUAACCAGCAGUCCACUGGUGGAUUGGCAACCCCAAAUCUGGAGUGGAUGGGUGGCGACUGUGCAGAGAACGCUCGAGAGGCAUCCUCCUCACCGGCCGCCAGAUCAGGUCAGGAUGGCGAUGGCGAUGGCUCCGUUUGGCACGACGUCGAUGCGGAAAUGAGUAACUUUAAUUAUGACGGUCAUUAAGACUGAACAUUUGUGAACAGCUCAAUUUAUAUAUCAUAUGCCAUCCCUUAUUUACAUAUUACAUUACACAAAAUUUGUACAUUCAUUAAUGUUAAAAGAACCCAUACAACUAA